AUCUUUUCACUGUUGCGUCAAUUAAGGUGACUUUGUUGUCAAACAACAAGUGACCUCACUAAAGAAAUAUAUGAUUUCUCUCAUAAACAUUUUUUGUUUUUCAUUGUCAUCGUGUUUAAAUUUCCUUAUCGAUGACUUGAGUGACGUAACUUUCGUGCUGUUUGAUGUCUGCUAAAACAGUUUCAGCAAACUCGCGUUUGAUAAAAUUCAAAGCUUUAAGAGUUAGAAGUUCUAGGAAAAUUUGUGACGAAAGAUUAGCAUGCCGAGGUAUUAAACCUUAUGCUGUUUUUAAUUGUAAAGAAUGUGGUUCAAAUCAGUGUGAGGCAUGUGAAGCAUUGUUGCAUGAAGAUUUUCGUCUAAAUUUGCACAACAGACAAAUUAUAUCGGGUCCUCCAGCUGACGAACUCUGUGAAGGUAAUUGUGAAGAUCGUAAUUUUGCGGAUCUUACUUGUUCCCUCUGCAAUCGCAAUUUUUGUCUUGUGUGUGAUCAUUUGAUCCAUACUCAAUCGAAACAGAACCACGUAAGGACAAAAUUUACCACUCAGGCAGAAGAAUUUCUAUCGUGUGACGAAAUUCCUGAUGAAUAUCUGCCAAUUUUGGAACAAUCAAACGAUCCAGGGCAUAUCAGCAUCAAUUCUCUCAGCACAAUGAUGUCCCUUAGCUCAAAUCUUAAUGACGGUUUACCUGAUUUAUUUCCUGAGCAUGAGGUUGAAUCUAAAUAUGGAUUAAAAAGCUCCAAAAAAUCUACAAAGGAUCCAAAAAGUUUUCUACUUAUCAAUGACAAGGAAUUGUUGCAGGUAAAGGAUGCUGAACAUUUUAUUGAAAAAUUAGGUUGUGGUAGUCGUCAGCUGAAAGUUGUUUCAAUAUUUGGUAAUACUGGCGAUGGCAAAUCAUACACUCUGAACCAUACAUUUUUUGAUGGGCGAGAAAUCUUUAGGACAUCAGCUUCUCAAGAAUCCUGUACAGUUGGAGUUUGGGCUGCCUAUUGUCCAUCUGUGGGAAUAGUCACUGUUGAUACUGAAGGUUUUUUAGGACAGGCAUCUAAUACUCAUACAAGAGCCCGCAUGUUACUGAAAGUUUUAGCUAUAUCUGAUGUGGUAAUUUACCGAACUCGAGCUGAACGCCUCCACAAUGACAUGUUCUCUUUCUUGGGUGAUGCUUCUUCUGCAUAUACCAAACAUUUUACACCAGAACUAGAAGAAGCAUCCGCUCGAUGUAAUGUUGAUGGACCGAUAUCAGUCUUAGGCCCCUCUGUUAUUAUUUUUCACGAAACCCGACACACUGAAGUUCUCUCGAAUAUUUUAGGUCCUUCUGUUAUUAAUUUUCAUGAAAAACAGCAUGCUGAUGUGAUCUCAAAUAUUGAAGAUACAGAACCAGAACUAAUACUUAGAUCAAGAUUUCAAGAAAAUGGUUUGAAGGUUGAUGCUUUUAGUAGUUUGGAAUAUUUGGGUAUACAUGCUGAAAAUGGAAAAAGUGAUUUUGUUCAGUUGCGACAAAGAGUGGUUAAAUUAGUACAAAAUUCUUCUGUCCGUGUAGCCAGAUCUCCAUCAGUAAUUUUCACAGUUCUUAAAACUUUAAAUGAAAAGUUCAGUGGCAAUUUAGAAAAAACCCUACCUAAUACAUUUCCUGAUCAAUAUUUCACUUGCUCAGCCUAUUGUAAAUCUUGCAAAUCUCGCUGCUCAAAUAGCAUGAAUCACGAAAAAGACGAUAUCCCUCACAGUUCUUCUAACAAUUGUAUCUAUCAGCAUCAAUUUGAAAACAGAGUGUUCCUAUGCAAGGUUUGCUUUGAGAGGGGUGAAAAGAUAACUGUUACACCUGAAGUUAUGGAAUCUAAUGACUCAUCUUGGAUGGGAAUCGCAAAAUAUGCCUGGUCUGGUUAUAUCUUGGAAUGUGCAAAAUGUGGAGUAAUUUAUCGAAGCCGUCAGUAUUGGUAUGGUAACCAAAACCCUUGGGACACUUGCGUCCGAACUGAGAUUUGUCACAUAUGGCCAGAACCUGAAGGUCUGAUGCCAAAGCCUCAGAAUACUGCACAGUAUGUAAUUGAUAAUAUUACAACAGUGUCAGAGAUUGUGUCAAACAUUGGAGCAAAACCCACAAAAGUACUUUCUAGUUGGGUUGCAGAUCAAAUUGCCCCCUCUUACUGGAUACCAAACUCAAGAAUAACCCAUUGUGGUAAUUGCCCCAAGGAAUUUGAUGAUAUGGAAAAGAAACAUCAUUGCAGAGCGUGUGGCGGUGGUUUUUGUGAGGAUUGUGCAUCAAAGUCACGUAUUGUUCCAACAUGGGGAUCUUCUCCUGUAAGAGUCUGUGACAAAUGCUUCAACAAUGAUGGUGUGUCUGUUUCAGAUAAUCUCUCAAGCACUCACAACCUUCACAAUCCUCCAGAAGUCACUGUUCGGAAACUCGGGGAAGCUGUACAUACGACCUUGGAAACCGUAGCUUCUGCAGUCAGUUAUCCCAUAGGAUUCAUUAAAGAUUCAGCUCGUCCAACUUAUUGGGUACCUGAUCAUCUUUUAAAAGAAUGCUUUGUUUGCAAAAAUCCAUUUGGUCCUAAACUUCUCAAACAUCACUGUCGAUCUUGUGGCGAAGGGGUGUGCAAAGAUUGUUCCAAGUCCAGGAAACCUGUUCAUUCCAGGGGUUGGGAGUAUCCUGUUCGUGUUUGUGAUACAUGUGUCAACAAUGGAGAAAUUUAGAUUAAGUGCUUUUGAAGAAUAAAAUUCCUCUGAUAAUGUUCGAUGGGUUUUCAUUCCUCUCUAAACAUCAGAAACUUUAAAGUAUUUUAAUCUUCUGUUAAUUUAGGGGUGCACAAAGUUUAACCCUAGAACAGACAAUGUAUGUCCUUACGAUUAAAAAAAGUAAUAAAUUUUUUUUAAAAAAAUGCCAAAAUUUUAACAUUGAAAUUCAACAACGUAGUGGUUCUAAUUCCAAGUGUAAGAAGAUUUAAAACUUUCAACAUUUAAAUUUUUUCUAAGGAAAAUUUUUUUUACCAAAUUUUUUUUUAAAACAAGUGUGUUUCACAUAUUUUUGUAAAAACAAUUAAUAAAUCUAUUAUAUUUUAAGAGACAAGAAGUAAAUAAAAUUUUACUUCAGAGAAAGUUGGAAGCUUGCUUUAAUUUUAUUAAAACACAGUAAAGAAAAAUUGGAAAUGAUUUUUUUUUUUCAAAAAUCUUGCACAACUACUUCGUCUUAUUUUUAAAACAAAUUGAUACUGUUCUUAUUACACUUAGAAAAAAAAAUUGCAUUAUUAUCAAUUGAUGUAGAAAUAUAAUUCAUUGCAGCUCCCAGGGCCAUUUUUUAUCACUGCUCUCUUCCAAAAUAACUGUGCCCCCCUAUAUUAACUUAAAAGUAUUUCCUUUAUACAUUAUGUAUAGCUUUAGUUAGGGUAAAAUUUUCAUCUCAGUAUCUGCACAAAAAUAUUCACUGACAACUGAUAAAUAGCACCCGAGAAACUUAUCAAAAAACAUCACAGAAGGGAACAAAAUCAAAGUGUUUAUCUCUCAGCCAUAGCAGAGCACGCCACUAUAUAUUAUUUAUAAUUUUUUUGCAUGUUCAAAAAUCCUUUGAUAGUAAUAGUUAGUAUAAACAGGUACUGAUCUGGAAAUAUUACCCUAUUCUGUUGUGAAUAUACUCGAAGAUUCUUAGAAUUGUUUCUAAAUGUGUAACUGGUAAAUGUGUAUAAAAUAGAUAGAACACUUUGUAAAUUUUUUUAAUGAAAAACUUAAAAUGGAUUUUGCAUGAAAAGUUUUAAGUCACUUCUGGGAAAUAUUACUAUUAUUCCUUAUAUGUUAAGCACUUAUUUUUCUAUUACGUCAAAAAAAUAUAUUAGAGCUGUCUGACAUAUUUAUAUAAAAUAAGACAUCACAAAAUAGGUUUUACGCUUUCUCUGAGCCAAAUCUUAGUAUUUUUGUAAAAUCUAUGAAUUUCAUUCAAGAUUAUAUGAAUGUAAAACUUGUGUGAAAAAUAGUGUACAGGUUCAAUAGUUUCAUUGAAAACAACACUAUAUAAACUGUGAUACAUUACUUGCUUUAGAUUAUUUAAAAUUAAAUAUGUUGCCUGUCCUUUUUUCUCUCUCUUUUUUUUAGAAAACCAAAUUUUGCUUUUGGCUAUUUAUGCUUCAAAAUGCAACGUUAAUGGCUAAAGUUAUUAACUAGUUUCAAUCGAUGUUUUAUUUACUUAUGUUUUAUAUUUUGAAAAUUUUUAAUUUUCCUGUGUCACUUUAGUUAUUUUAUUAUAUUUCUAUCAGCUUUUUCAGAUAAGUUUUCUAUGGUACAUAUAAUUCAAAGCUCUUGCAAUAAAAGCACUACUAAAUAGUUCAACCUGACCAUUGUCAGACAUUGUAAAUAGUUUCCAAAAUAAUAAGUUUCAAAAAUAAUUUUCUAAUCUUAUUUACAGGGAAUUAAUGAAUAAGGUGGUUACUUUUAAAAUAUUUUUUUCAUCUAAAAGUUGAAUUUUAAAGAAGAGUAAAGAACAUAAUUAUACAUUUAGCAUGUGAUUUUCAUUGUUCUAAUCAAAUCAUUUAUUUCUAACUAAAAUAAUUUUCUUAUUCAUAAUUAUUAAAGAAAUUUUAAUAUUCUGGGUAUAGCAGUAGAUAUUUUGCUAUACAUCUUAAUGAUUUUCAAUUUGUGAGCAAGAGUUCUCUAGCUAAUAAAAAAUUAAUUGAAUAGAACUUCAAAAAAUAGAGGAAAUAUGUAAUUGUUUAUCAAAAGAAGUUAAUGUUUGAAUACCAAACCUUAAAUAUUAGGGUGUAAAUAAUUAAACGUAAGUUCAAUAAAAUCAAUUAUGUGUGACUGAUAUUUGUUUUUUUAAAAUAUUAACUUUUGGUGUGCAAAUGUGUUUUGAUUGUUAUCAUGUUUUGAAAUACAUCAAUUAUAAAAAUAUAAAGAAAUAAAAAAUUUAAUGAAAUAGAUAACAGUGUUAAUAUUUCGUUACAAAACUAUUCUUGAUCUUUAAACUUAUAAACUCUAUAUUGAAAGUCGUGAGAAUUAUCAACAUUAAAAGUUCUAAAAUUAUCAUCUAAAAAUAAAAUGUAAUUAAUUAGUUUUUAGUGUAUACGGCUUGUAUCUAUAGCAUUUAGUUUUAUAUGGAUGCAAUCGUUAUUAAAAUUUGAAAAAUUCCCUCUGCAUAUAGGUAAAUUAAAAAUAAAAUCUGUAAGGAGAAAAAGAUUUAUAUUUAAUAAACUAGGAAACAUAUUUUAUUAUAACUUAUACACGAAGCAUAAUUUUGGUCUUUUGAUAUCCGAUAGAAUUAAAAUUAAAUCUUUCUUAUUUGUACUGUUCAUGUAAUGGGGGUGUAUGGUUCAUGUAAUAAACAUACGAACCAAAAAAAAUUUCAUACUUGAAUUCUUCAAAACCUUUGUUUUUUAAUAUCUUGAUUUCUUUAAUUAUUUUUGUAUCCUAAUUACCUCAAUUUUUUUAUGUGUUUUAUUCUAACUUAGCAUUGCAAUGAUUCGUUUUUCAAUUCUUACAAGCCUUGCUUCAAAUAAAAAUAAUAAUAAUGGUUUAUUUGUGUUAUUUUAAUUAAGUAGGAACACUUUAUCUUAGUAUAAAAAGUUCAAAAAGAUAAAAUUGUUAUUGUCUGCUUGAUUUUACUUAUUUUAUACAUAAAAAAUAACGUUUAAUACUAUACAGCAUGCUAUUUACUCUGAUGAAUAGUGAUUAUAAAAUUGUGCAAUAUUUUCUACUUUUCAGUAAUUAUGAAAAUUGAGAUUAUAUUCAUUAUAUUUCUAAUAUUGUGAUAACUCCUAUUAUAUUAAAGUGAUCUCAAUUAUAAUUUCAUACUUUCCUGGCAGAUUUUUGUAUAUUUUUUUUACAUUGUAUUUUUGGAUAUCCAAAUUAUGUCUUCAAUAAUUUAAAUUUUAUGUACAGUAAUUUUAUCUUGUAAAAUUGGAUUUCUCUUUAAUGUAUACGUUUAUUUUGCAGUACUGUAAAUGUAAAUAAAAUAGAUGACUUUUUUUUAAUUAUAAAGGAUAUAAAAAAAUGAUUUAUUUGAGGAUUGGAUUGAUUGGAAAUAAUUUAAUUGAGGAUUACGUAAAAAUGUUAUUGAAAUUAUGUUUUCUAUGUUGUUUUAUAGUAUCUAUGAACAUUGUUUUUUUUAAUUAUUAUUAAUUGAUCUGGUGAAUAAAAUGGGGGAAAUAAAACUGUUUAUGAAUGAGAAUAUGCACCAUUAUCUUGGAAUCUUAAACGUUAGAGAUCACUGCAUGUAUAGCAUAUAUAUCAAACAUUUUUUAACUUUUUUUGUAAUGAUUUUUUAUAGUAAUUAAAGGCAGCUCCUUCCUUUGGCAUAUUUAAUUGCAGAUUGAACUUAAUUUUAUGCUCUUAACCUUACUUUGAUUUGUAGGACAGUUUUUUGCAUAUAAAAGCUGCACAAAUCUAUCAAAAAUUUACCGCUUAUAAUUUUCUAUUCAAUUGGAGAUUUUAAUUUUUACUCUCCUUUUUUCAGCUUUGCUUAUUUUUAUUCUAUGAUACUGAAAUUUAAUUUACAAUGUUAAAAUUAGUUUUAAAAUACUUUACUACUAGCAAAAUCAUCUUGCUUAUUGUACAAGCUUUAAUAUAAGAGAAAAUUUUUUUUAUUAAAAGCAUGAUGAUUCCACUGCUUUGCGUCAUAUAUAAAUAUUAUUUCAUUUAAAUUUUAUUUCUUAAAUUAAAUAAAUUUUAAAUUUUACUUUAUUUUUUAUUUCAAAAAAACUUUUUUUCUUAUUUUUAAAUGUAAAAUAUGUUUUGUUUAAAGAAAUAAAAUAUUUAUGUCAUCAAAUUUAUUAAAAUAAUUAUGGAAUUGUAUUAUAUCUCAAAGUUAAUCUAUCAUUUUUGUAAUUCUAUUGGGUCAAAAUAAUCAAUGUUCUUUCAAAUUAUGAAAUCUGUGCUCAUUUUAAUGUAACCAAAACUCUAAAUAAUAUUAAUAUUUUUUGAAAAUUAUCAUUAAUGAUUUUCUGGAAUAUUCAUGUAUAUGUUUUUGUUCAAUAAAGAAGCAAAUUUCUUUUAUUUAAAUAUGCAAGUAGCAAUUUUGAUUACAUGAUUACAUGAUUUAUGAUUUUCUGGAAUAUUCAUGUAUAUGUUUUUAUUCAAUAAAGAAGCAAAUUUCUUUUAUUUAAAUAUGCGAGUAGCAAUUUUGAUAACAUAUUCCUUAUAUGAAUCAUUGUAGUUUAAUAAAACUACAAUAAUUUGAAUGUUUCUUUGAAAUAUAUUAUUUUAACUUUGUAAAUAUUGAAUAUCUCUUAUUUAGUAUUGUAUGUAUACAGCUCUGUACAUCAGAACUUUUAUUGUAGUAUAAGUCAAUAAACUGUUUUUAAAGCCUAA